AUGGCACGUGUGUCCUCCUCGAGCGGUCGUGUGGCCAUCGCGGCACUUGCAGGCCUUUGCCUUUGGGCGGCUGGCACUGCGUUCGUCCCGUCUAGCGGAACCAAGGGGCUGCGGGGCUUGGAGGGCUCCUCGCACGCUGGCUAUGCUCCAUUCCCCGGCGCGCAGCAGAUUGCGGGAGAGGUCGAUGCGCCAAGCAGCCUGACUUCGGGCGUGCAGGCAGUGCUUCUGGCAGCGGUGGUUGGCUUGAUGGUGGGAGUGGCCCCAGUCCGUGCCGAAGAGGAAUCUGUGGAUCUGUCACAGAUCGGCACAGCGAGCAAGAACGCAGGCCUCAACACAUCCUCCCGCAAGGCCAAGCGAACGACCGCACUGAAGAAGGAGGCGAAGAAGGUGACGACCAGCACCGAUGAUUCCGGCAAGAAGAAGCGUGUGAUCAUCUCCCCUGCAGAUGAGCUGGACGAGGAUGAGCUGUCUCCGCUGCGGCCCAACCCUCCGCUGCUGAUUCUGAUCUUUGCCACCCCCGUGACCAUCUACCUGACCUUCUACAUUCUGGGAUCCCUCAAUAUCAUCUGA